GCUGUCCCUCCCUCCCUACUGCACACACACACACACACACACACACACACACACACACACACACACACACACACACACACACACACGUACACACACGGACACUCAUACCCACAGACGGAGCGGGACUGAGCGGAGCUGUGUGCCCGGAGAGGAGGACUGAUGACCGUCAGACGAUGGGACUCCGCGUGUUUCUGAACAAACUGUGUUAACCGAAGGACCCUGAACGUCUCUGACGAGUUGACCAAUCACAGACAAGGGUGCUGAAGGCUCAGAGGUCAGACAGAGGUCAGAGGUCAGGGGUGAGGGGUCACCAUGCAGAGUAUAAAGUGUGUUGUCGUGGGCGACGGCGCCGUGGGGAAGACCUGCCUCCUCAUCUCCUACACCACGGGAGCUUUUCCCAAAGAGUACAUCCCCACUGUUUUCGACAACUACAGCAGCCAGGUGACGGUGGACGGUCGGACCAUCAGCCUGAACCUGUGGGACACAGCAGGGCAGGAGGAGUACGACCGGCUGAGGACCCUGUCCUACCCCCAGACCAACGUCUUCAUCAUCUGCUUCUCCAUCUCUAGCCCCGCCUCCUACGAGAACGUCAAGCUCAAGUGGCACCCAGAGGUGUCCCACCACUGCCCUAGCGUUCCCAUCUUGCUCGUGGGCACUAAGAGCGAUCUGCGGGCCGACUCGGAGACCCAGAGGAAGCUGAAGGACCAGAACCAGGCUCCCAUCAGCCACCAGCAGGGCGCCGCGCUCGCUCGCCACAUCCACGCCACGCGCUACCUCGAGUGCUCGGCCCUCAACCAGGACGGCAUCAAGGACGUGUUCACCGAGGCGGUGAAGGCCUUCCUCAACCCCGCGCCCGCCUCGGUCAAGAAGCCCUGCGUCCUGCUGUAGGACCGGGCCUCGAACGCAACACGCAACCUUUCUGUCGGAGAGACUGUUAUAGGAAAAAAUGUCUGUUUAACCCUCGUGUUGCAUUCAGGUCCAAACUGGAAAUCAACACUUAUUUUUCGAUGCUUUUUUUUCAACAUUUUUGACGGGGUUUUUGUGGCUUUUUUUAACCCCUCGUGUUGCCUUCACUGUCGGCCAUGAACUUUAAAUUUAAAAAUGCAAUUUUAUUUGGGUUCUCAGCUGUCCUAUCUAUCUUUUUUUUUUUUUUUUUUAGAUUAUUUUUGGGCAUUUACGCAACUUUUUAUGACUUUUCCUCAAA